AUGCCGAUCCAAACAAACACGGACGGACGAAAUGGUCGCUUCAUUGGAGUUGCUUUAAUUUCCCCUUGCAAAACACAGUACGACUGUACGACGCAAACCCUUGCACACGCACUCAGAACCUACCAAGCCCGGCCCCCAAAAUUCUCGUUCUCAGUAUCCAAAGACUCCCGUCGCUCUCGUGUCGCACCAACCAACCACACUCGAACGGGGAUUCCCACUCGAACGCCGCCGCUUCGCACGAUGGCGACGGGGCACGCCUUCCGGCGCCUGGCGCGGCGGAUGCUGAGCAACGUGCCGGAGUCGACCGUCUACGGGGGCCCGCGGCCGCAGGAGGCGGCGGCGGCGCGGCGCGUGACGGUGACGACCCUCCGCGGGAAGCACCGCCGGGGGGAGCCCAUCACCGUCGUCACCGCCUACGACUACCCGUCCGCCGUCCACGUCGACUCCGCGGGGAUCGACGUCUGCCUCGUCGGCGACUCCGCCGCCAUGGUCGUCCACGGCCACGACACCACCCUCCCCAUCUCCCUCGACGUCAUGCUCGAGCACUGCCGCGCCGUGGCGCGAGGCGCCUCGCGCCCGCUCCUCGUAGGCGACCUCUCCUUCGGUUGCUACGAGUCCUCUUCCACGCAGGCUGUUGACUCUGCGGUGAGGGUGUUAAAAGAAGGUGGAAUGGAUGCAAUCAAAUUGGAAGGAGGAGCUCCAUCUAGGAUCAGUGCAGCUAAGGCUAUUGUGGAGGCUGGAAUUGCUGUCAUGGGUCAUGUUGGGCUUACGCCGCAGGCUAUUAGUGUACUUGGUGGGUUUCGACCACAGGGGAAGACAGUUGAUAGUGCUAUAAAGGUUGUAGAGACAGCAAUCGCAUUGCAAGAGGCUGGUUGCUUCUCGGUUGUGUUGGAGUGUGUGCCAGCUCCGGUGGCAGCAGCUGCAACAUCAGCAUUGAAAAUCCCAACCAUUGGCAUCGGUGCUGGGCCAUUCUGCAGUGGGCAGGUCUUGGUGUACCAUGACUUGUUAGGGAUGAUGCAGCAUCCACACCAUGCCAAGGUGACACCAAAAUUCUGCAAGCAAUUCGGCAACGUCGGCAGUGUCAUUAACAAGGCGCUAUCAGACUACAAGCAAGAGGUGGAGACACGGUCUUUCCCUGGCCCCAGUCACACGCCCUAUAAAAUCACCGCCACAGAUGUCGAUGGCUUUGCGAAUGCGCUGCAGAAGAUGGGUUUGGGUGAGGCUGCGGACGCUGCGGCUGCCGCUGCUGAGAACUCGGAAAAUGAUGGAAAGCCAAGCGAAAACAGUUGA